CAUGGAAGUGACUAUGAUGCUGAGAAUACAUUUCGUCCUUGCAAGGAUGUGAAGCAAAAACCCCUGCAUGAGUGGCGAGUAUUCGACUCACCGAUCGCAGGGAUUCCGUGCAGGGCACCAAUCGCCAACGGUCAGCGUUACUGGAAUGAUCAAGAAGACUGCGCCAUGCAGAUCGGAACGUCCAUGGACAACAUGAGGCAGAUGGUACCUGCUAAACGAGUCGCUCUAGAUAAGCCAUCAAAAGGUUGCAAGCCUCCUGAUGUAGUCAAAUCAUUGCCGGACCGCCUUCGUAGGAAAAUCCUGGAGAUCUGGGAGGAGCGCGAUCCGGAAGGGGACUGUUUCCAGCAGCAACGACGAACACGGUUGGCGGCGUGCAGAACAUGGCGUAUAGAUUUCAAACCUGAUCAUUGUUCGAGUCUAGUUGUGGAGGUAAUAUUUGCAUUAAGCAUGAACAUGGUGCAGCUUCGACGUCUAUGGGCCGGCUACAAGAAAGGAGAGCCGUGUUCACGG